AUGGCUUCUCUAGACCUCAAUCUGCUAUUUGCGGGAUGGCUCGAGGUCCAGGCGGCUGAGCUUACCAAAAAGGGCCUGAAGCUCGGGUUCGCUUACAGCAAGGCACAUGACAAGGUGAAAAGUCAUCCGGAUCCUAUUGAAAAUGGGAAACAGCUACGACAGAUUAGUUGUGUGGGUCAGAAGACGUUUGAGUUUUUGUGUGGCAAAUUGAAAAAGCACUGCCAGGAGGAGGGUGUGGACUUUCCGGAAGGAUUUUCGUCGUUCUUGGAGGAGAGAGAAGGCGGGAAAAGAGCUCAUGAGAUCGACGACGAAACCACAAAGAAGAAACCCAAACGAAGAAGCCUGUGGGUGCCCAAACGACGCUCGGGCUCCUGGGCGAUCCUCAUAGCAUUGCAUAAAAACAACGGAUCCCAAAAAGGCCUACGAAAGGAAGACAUCAUCGCUAGUGCCUCAGAAUACUGUGAUUCUUCAUUCACCGCCAAUCCUGCUGCUCGAGACUUCUAUUCUGCCUGGGACGGCGUGAAAACGCUUUUGAACCGAGAAUUGGUGGAAUGUGUGGGAAGAGCUCCUAAACUUUAUAUUUUGACGGAAACUGGCGUCGCAAUGGCUCGGGUGAUCAUGCAGCAGGAGAACAUCCACUCUUCACCGGCUCCAACGGUGGAUUUGAGCUUUGAUAACGGAGUCAGGGUCACGCCUGAUCUGACACAGCUCUUUUUCGAGCCUUCGUCUAGUCCGCUACGAAGAAAAGCUCACGACACUGCCAAAAAAGUGUUCGAUGGUGUCCCCUACGAUAUAUGGAACCCGGAGGAUUUCGAGGUGGCUGUUCUCUUUGACACACGAGAGAUGCGUUCCCAGGGAGAACGAGAUUUCUUCCAGAAACGUGUGGCCAACCAUAAUAUAUCCUGUGACGUGAGAGCCCUUUCCGUCGGUGAUAUCUUGUGGAUCGCUCGAAAUAAGCAUACCAAGAAGGAAGCCGUCCUCAACUACGUCUGUGAGCGUAAGAGAAUCGACGAUUUGGCCAUGUCCAUCAAGGACGGCCGUUUUGUGGAACAGAAAAAUCGUCUUCAAAAAUCAGCGCUCAACAAUGUCUACUACGUUGUGGAGGAAGGUGGCCUUUGCGAUAUGGACCGCAUCUUGGAAAUGAAAAAUGCCAUUCAAACCGCCAUCUCGAUGGUGAUCACGGUGUCUAAUUUAUACUUCGAGCGUUUCAGAAAGUCCGACGAUAUUGUCGAUUGGGUCGUUGCAAUGACCAAUAUCCUCAAAAAUCGGUACGCCAAAACCCGCCUAUUAGUGCUCAGACCGUUAUCUGUGGAGAACCAAGCUGAAUACUCCGAGAUCCUACAAGACUUUCGGAAAAACUUCGAAAAAAGACCGACGAAAUACGAAUGUGUUCACACUUUUCCAACAUAUCAAGCCGUUCUUUCAAAAUCCGAUAUGAUGACUGUGAAGGAAAUGUUCAUCCUCAUGCUUAUGCUGGUGCGAGGUAUCUCACUAGAAAAAGCAGUGGUGAUCCAGGCCCAUUUCCAGACACCACGCAGGCUAAUCGAAUAUUACCAAGAAAACGCCACCUUAGCGGAAGAAGAUAAAAAAUUGCUACUUUUCAAAUUAUUUGAAGAUCAAGUGGGCAACAAAAAAAUCGGAAAGGCUCCACUGACAGCAGUCUAUGAGACCUGGGGCAGAGAGUAG